CUCUUGCUCUCUCUCUCCAUCCACCUCUCUCUCACUCUCUCUCUCUUUUUUCCUCAGCUCUCCUUUCUCAAAAAAGCCAUGACGGCGAUCCCGCGAUCCAUCUUCGCCUCCGCGCCAUCUUUGUGUUAUUUCUAAUUUAUUUUUAUUUUUUAUUUUUUUACAUUUUGGUCCCGUGGAUGUCAGACGCGUUGGAUGAAGAUAUUUUCUUGCCCCACCGGAGUCUCCUCUGUAACCCCGGCUCUCCCCGAUGUGAUCCGCGCUGAACGCCGCCGCCAGCAACCAUGUCUCGCCGCAAGCAAGGCAAACCCCAGCACUUAAGCAAACGGGACUUCUCGCCAGCCGAGCCCCUCUCCGCGGCCAUCGUCUCAUCGGAGGAGCUGUCGGAGCGCUGCUCGGAGCUCUCUGAGGAGAGCAGCAGCCUCAACGGGCAUCACCCGGGCUCCACCGUGGGCCGGCUAGCCCGACUGGGUCACGAUGCUCACCCGUCUCUGGAGCAGGACCUGCUGACCUGCGGCCAAUGCCAGGCCACCUUCCCCCUGGCGGACAUUCUGCUCUUCAUUGAGCACAAGAGGAAGCGAUGCCAUGGGCCGCCCUGCCUGCCCGUGGGCCGUGGGCUGGACAAGCCCCCCUCGCCCUCCCCUGGCCUGGCCCUCACCCCGUCCCCUGCCAUGAAUUCCCUGCGCAGUCGCAGUCGCAGGCCUGUGGAAGUGGGCGUCCAGGCCACGCUGGCAGACGAUGACGAUGACCGGUUCUUGUUGCCCAGAGGGAUUUUUCCGAAACAGGAGCCCCUCCCAGGUAAGGAGGAGCCGACCACCUAUACCUGCACGACAUGCAAGCAGUCGUAUGGCAGCGCCUGGUUCUUGCUGCAGCAUGCUCAGAAUUCCCAUGGAUUCCGCAUCUACCUGGAAAGUGAACAUGGCAGCCCUCUCACACCACGUAUGGGUGGACCUUCCUCCCUGGGUGGGGGUGCAGACUGCCCUUCUCAGCCUCCCCUUCAUGGUCUCCAUUUGCCUCCAAAUGCAAGCCCCUUCAACCUCCUCCGCAUGCCUGGCUCUGGCUCAGGUGGAAGGGAUAGCAUCGGAAUGGGGGGUGGAGUUGGCUUAGGUAGCCAUGCUGGUGGGGGUCAUCAUCAGAGAUUCCCUCCGACACCACCUCUGUUCAGCCCCCCUCCGAGGAACCACUUGGACCACCAUCACCUGAGCCCAGAAGAGCUGGCGCUGGCAGCCCACCACCCGAGUGCCUUUGACAGGGUGCUGCGCCUCAAUCCUCCUAUGCCCCUGGACCCCCCUCCAACAAUGGACUUCUCAAGGCGGCUAAGGGAGCUGGCGGGCAACACCUCAGGGUCCACUCCCCCGCUAUCACCCACCCGGCCAAGCCCCAUGCAGCGCUUACUCCAGCCAUUCCAAACAGGAGGUGGGAGUGGAGGAACAGGAGGAGCAGGGGGCAGCAAACCUCCAUAUCUUGCUACCCCACCACCUCUUCCAGGCUCCCUGCAGUCACCUGUGGGCUCUCAGACGACUCCUACUACUCCUCUCCCCUCAGCAGGGACAACACCCUCAUCCACCAACCCCUUGAAAUCUAAAUGUUGUGAAUUUUGUGGCAAAGCCUUCAAGUUUCAGAGUAAUCUAAUAGUGCACCGACGCAGCCACACAGGAGAAAAGCCCUACAAAUGUCAUCUGUGUGAUCAUGCUUGUACACAGGCUAGCAAACUGAAACGACAUAUGAAGACACACAUGCACAAAUCCUCCUCGCCAAACACAGGAAAAUCUGAAGAUGGCCUCUCAACAGCCUCUUCUCCAGAGCCUGGUACCAGCGAGCACUUGGGUAGCGCAAGCCAUGCCCUUAAGUCAGUGGUGGCCAAGCUGAAAAGUGAGAAUAACCGCAUGCUUCGUGAGAAUGGCGAGGAGGAGGAGGAGGAAGAGGAGGAAGAGGAAGAAGAAGAGGAGGAGGAAGAGGAAGAGGAGGAAGAAGAAGAGGAGGUAGAGGAGGAAGAAGAGCAAAAUGGAGAGAGGGUGCCCAGAAGAAACAACAGCUAUCACUGUGGUUUGAACCUGGAAACAGCACGUCAGCAUGAAAACAAUGGCGGUAUUGGAAGUCGACUGGGAGCUUUGGCUGAGGAAGUGUCCAUCCCUCGGUCCCUGCCUGAGGUGAUGCAGGGAAUGGGUCUCGCUGCCAGCAUGCAGCACUUCAGCGAAGCCCUACAUGCACACAAAUGUAAUGCCAUGGCCAAGGAGAACCACCUGCACCACCACCUCAACCGAGACCACCACCACAAUCGCGAGAUGUGUGAUGGAGACUCUGUGCUUGAAACACAACGUGGGGAGGAUUGCUUUGUCUCAACAGUGAAUGGGCGGGGAGCAUCCCCUAAUGAAUCUGCCUCUGUAGGCCUCUCUAAGAAACUGCUUCUGGGUAGCCCCAGUCCACUCAGCCCUUUCACUAAACGCAUCAAACUGGAAAAGGAAUUUGACUUGCCCACUCCAACAAUCCCUAAUACGGAGAACGUCUACUCCCAGUGGUUGGCUGGCUAUGCUGCCUCCCGACAACUCAAGGACCCUUUUCUGAACUUUGGGGAUUCCAGACAAUCGCCGUUCGCCUCUUCAUCUGAGCAUUCUUCAGAGAAUGGCAGUCUGCGUUUCUCGACCCCGCCAGGGGAACUGGAUGGUGGGAUGUCAGGCCGAAGUGGUACAGGCAGUGGGGGCAGCACUCCUCACCUGGGGCGGCCCAACUCCAAGGAUGGUCGCAGGAGUGAUACUUGUGAGUAUUGUGGCAAGGUGUUCAAGAACUGCAGUAACCUCACAGUACACCGGCGCAGCCACACAGGGGAAAGACCAUACAAAUGUGACCUGUGCAAUUAUGCUUGUGCCCAGAGUUCCAAACUUACACGCCAUAUGAAGACCCAUGGUCAGGUGGGCAAAGACGUGUACAAGUGUGAAAUUUGUCAGAUGCCCUUCAGUGUCUACAGCACCUUGGAGAAACACAUGAAAAAAUGGCACAGUGACCGUCCUUUGAGUACCGAAAUAAAGUCAGAGUAGAAGGCCGAACUAUGGGACCUUUUCCCCUCAGCUGUGUCCACCAUUAGUCCCCUGUUUAUUCCCAGCUCCUUGUAGAUUUGCCCUAAACCCAACACUCCACUUUCGCCAGUCUGGUGGAAGCUUAAGACCAUGUGCUCUGCACCAGCACACCCCGUUUCCAUUACCCAUUGAAUGCAUGAUCUGUAUCGGGGCAAUACUCUUGCAUUGACGCAAAACUUCGAGCCUUUCUCUUGUGCAAUAAUUUACAUGUUGUGUACAAUUUUUCUUUUUUGAGUUUUCCUUUUCCAUUUUUAAGAAUUAGUCAGCAUGCAUAGUAUGUUUUUGCUAAUCAAAAAAAAAAGAAAAUAACUUGUCCCUGGUUGGUUAAUUGUUGAGUAAAUGUGUUGCUGUUUUUCUCUUGUUCUGUUUUUUUCUUUUUAUUCUUCAAAAGAGAAAAGACAAGAAAGAUACAUCCAUGCUGCAUACAUUCUGUAACACAUAUCAUGUACAGUUUUGUCUUGUAACAUGGAAGAUGAACAGUCUCUACCCUAUUCUCACAACCCUGGAAAUGCACUUAUACUGAUCUUUCUAAAAGACACCAUGUUCGCACAGGGUUUAAAAAAAUUGAAUAAUCAUGCAUUAGCUUGAUGACUAAAUUAAUGACAGCCUUCAAAUUUCUUUCAAAAAGACAAGGGUGCGCUAUGAAUUUGUACUAUCAUUUGGUUGAGUAAGAAAGAGUGCCUUUGAUAUCUUAAGACCACAUUGGCCAUAAUCUUAUCUGCUAUAAGUUUUGGGUCACACUAGAUAAAGCUAAAAGGCUUAAGCCACCCAGGAAAGGUCCUUGCAUCAAGCACCUGACUGCAAAAAUAGGCUGUGACAACUCAUGCUGAAAGAUCAGAGAGUUCUUGUUAAUCAUCAUUUAGCUACCUAUUACAUGUUCAAUAGGCUAUCUUUAAUAUGUGGAUUUCAUGGCAAGCAUGGUACAAGCAGUAUUGUGUAUAUCUGAAUUAUUUGUAGUUUUGUUUCUGGUAAGGAGGUACUUUUGAGUAAGGUAAUCUGUAAUGUACAAUCCUGAAUUUGAGGGAUAAACGCAUGGCUGAGAAGUGUCAUGCAUCUGCGUUAGCACAAAACUCCAACGCUGCUUUGAUAUGUCAGUGUGAGGAACAAUGCAUACAGUAACAUAUGAGCUCCAAAUGAGGCUAACUUUUUUUGAGAGCAUUAAAAUAGACAGACAGCGACACAGUACUGAAAUCUACUUAACUAUUACGGGGAUCAGAGGCAAUCUCUUUCACACUUUCAUUCACAUUUGUAGUAUCAAAACAGGGUCAUUCACUAUGAAUUGCAGAAAAAAGAAAGAAAGAAUUGCAAAAACUAUAUAUCUGUGUUCCAGGGCUCUUGAAAAGAGUGAUAAUGCGAUAAUUUUAAUCAGUAUGCAUAGGCUAAUGCAGGGCACAUGUUUUUGUUUGCUGUUUGCUUUUAACCCAAAAGGAGGGUAUUUUUUUCCUUGUUGAGUUCCAUUCAAGCUGUUUAUAGUAUAGCACUUGUCACGCUGACAUCUCUCUUUCAUUGUCCCACACUGAUGCAAUGUUGGUACAUGGGUUAGGUCUCAAAGCUAGCUUGACAUUUAUUGGACAUGAAGUGCACUGUUUCGAUUUUCCCAGUUUACAAGUUUAUGCUGAAAGGGGGAAAAAUUGUUGAAAUGCUGUUAGAUAAUGAGGGUCCCAUAGUUAAAAGCAUUAAAAGAUGAGAUACAUAAACUGUUGUCAGCAACUCGAGCCUCAUGACCCUUGACCUCUGUACCCUUGCCGUUUCACCUUUGACCAUUUGUCAGUAUGUUACCCCUAGAAACCUCAGAGCUUUGCCUGGGCUGAAAAUUGACCAUGUCUUCGAGGUCUGUAAAUUAAAAGGUUUGAUGGUUUAACAAUAAGUAGCCAUAACAGCGAUUUGAUCCCAAAAUGGAUGCAGCACCUAUUGGCCACAGCAGCACUAAAGAUGUGUAUUUUUAAGGAGCUGUAGUGCCAUCGCCACCUGAUUAAUCUAUAGACCUUGACGACUAGACUACAAACACUCAAAUCCUGUUGCUUACACAGAAUCUGUUUUUGUAUAAAUCUUUCUUUGAUUAUAGAUAUGAAAAUAAACGUUUUUGAAAAUAACAUUUCACUUUUUUUAGGGGAAACUGUAUUUAAGUUUUGUUGUCGUUUCUCUUUUCCUCAGCGUCUUGGUGGUGUUCAAGACUCCGAUCACAGUAUAUAUUAAAUGAUUAAAAAAAGAUGAAAAAAACACAAACGAAAAAAAAAAUUCUGUGAUGGUUUUGUAUUUUAUUUUGCCUUGGCUCUUCACAGCUCUUCAGGUUAAAAAUACAAUUUGCAUUGGUGAAAGGAUUAAGAUUAUAUAUGAAUAUAUAAUAAAGAACUUAAAAUAUAGGAAAAUGCACAUUCAUGUCAAUUCCUAUGCUUAAACACAUUUAUGGUCUACUUUUUCUGUAUUUCUAGAAUUGUAUUUGAAUUCAAUGUUCACUUAGAAUAGGCACUAUAGUAUUUAUAUUGAGGCUCGUAUUUUUAACUGUUGCUUGUGCUCUCUAAAGGUAUUUACCAUACCUUUUUUUGGUAGUGGAAAAAAAAAUCUCAAGCUGCCACAGUAUAUUUUUUUAAUUUGGCAGGAUAAUAUAGUGCGAAUUAUUUGUAUGUUUAAAGAAAUAAAAUGAAAAACCCCAUAAAAACGCAGCUAAAAUAUGUGGCAUUUGGAGGUGUCGCAGGCCAUAAGAUGGCUGCCGCUCUGUUUCCUGUCCACAGAGGUGGUUGUACAUAUCUUCUUUGGUUUUUGGUUCAGACCUCCUCCUCCCCCCCUGCUGCCAUUCUUGUAUGCAGUAAUGCAAGCUGACGUCAGCCUGUUCUGUUGUGUGCUUCUGUCUUUCUCACCCCUCCCACCUGACGACAUUCCAACAUCAAGAAGAGAGAGAAAAAAAAAACUUCAUAUGCAGUACAUGGAUUACGAAAAAGCGUAAAAAAUAAAUACAUUUAAAAAGAAAUUAAAUGUUUUGCAGUUUUUUUUCAUUGCCAAACACUAAAUGGUGCUUUAUAUUUAGAUUGGGUAUACUUUCAUAUGCAAAGCAUAUUUAAAAAUGACCUGGGGGACGUGGAGAAGCCUGCUUGAGUUGAGACUUUUUUGUAAAUGGCAAUGCGGAAUAUUUUGUUAUCAGCCUUUUCUAUUCCUGUUCUGAGAGCUGUUUGUUGUAACUUGAACUUGAACUUUAUCUUUUACUAUGGGAGUUACUAUUUAUUAUAACCUACAUGCUCUGUUUAAAACAGAGCCAUGGAAUGGAUCCUUAUUUUUGUUUUUUUUUAUUUUAUUUUUUUAUUUUUGGCUAUGAUAUCAUUUUUUUUUCCUUUUGUAAUGAUGGCCAAUGGUCAUUUGAUAAACUAUAGGUCUUUAAUUUCUGAUGUACUUGUUUGGGGUCUCUGUUCAGUUGUACUGGGAAAACCACUGUCUGUGUUUUCUGGCAGAUGUCUGCAUAAUCCUGUUCACACACCCAUUUUGUCCCUUUAUCGAAAAACAAUUAAUAAAAAAAAAAAAUGAAAGCAUAA